GGAGGGCGGGCUGCAUAUAAAGAGGGAGUGUGUGUGUGCGCGGUCACCUUUGGGUGUGUCCCUCUAUCAGCAGCAGGUACUGCCGCGUCUCCUCCGUGUCUCUCUCCGCUGGGAACACUUGAACCGUCCGGAUGGAUCCGCUCUCCCUGAAGUCGCUCCUGCUCCUGCUGCCGCUGCUCGGAUGCUGUGUGGGGCAGGGCAUUCUGCCCCAAGGUCCCGUGGCUGCACUUGUGGGGGGAAAUGUCACCCUGAAACCUCUGAUUAGUUACCCGCCCACCGUCAUAACCUGGACUUUCAAUGGCCCAAAUGGUGUGGCUACAUUUAUAGAUGGAACUGUGACCGUGGAAGACGCUUACACGGGGAGAGCUUCGCUUAACUCUACCGACGGCUCCUUGACCCUGUCCGCCCUGAAGCUUGGGGACAGCGGGGACUAUAUCGUCAAUGUGAUAACAACCAGAGCUCGAUUUGGAGAGACUAAACUUCAGGUGGUCGAGCCCGUCUCCGAUGUGAUCAUCAAGUCUAACGUUCCUGAUGCCAUUGAAUACAACAGCACUGUGAUUCUUACCUGCAGCGCUAAAGGCACCUCGCUCAGCUUCAAAUGGAUCAACGGCAGCGCGCCCAUCGUGUUCGACAGCACACGCAUCACAGAGAUAAAGACGAACUCGUCCAGCGUGCUGACCAUCAAAAAUGUUCUGAGGACGGACCUGGUGGGUCCGAUCUACUGCACAGCGUCUAACUCGCUCACAACGAAAACUACCACCACCCCCUUCAAUCUCACCGUCUACUACGGACCUGAUGAUGUCACCAUCACACCUGCAAAACCACCCAAGUUCGUCCAGGCUGGUUCCACGUUCAACCUGACCUGCUCGGCCAGCUCCCUGCCGCCCGCCUCCUUCACAUGGUACUGUAACGGGACGAUGAUUGGGACUUCCAGCUCCGUCCUCACUCUGGAUAUGAUCAAAGCCCAAGGAUACAUGAAGGCGGCCGACUACACCUGUCGGGCUGAAAAUCCCAAGAGCAAACGCAACGUCGCUUCCCCGGCUGUUUCCUUUGCUAUUAUGGAGGGAAUCUCGAGUGUUAAAAUCAUCGGUCCGACUGGUGUCCUCAUCGCCGACAACAGCACGGCAAACCUCAGCUGCCAGGCGACGGGGGGCACCGUGGGGGACAUAGACUGGCUGAAAGAUGGUAAACCUCUAGGGCCUUCCAGCCCUCGUGUGGUUUUUGCCGCUGAUGAAAGUUCAAUACUGAUCAGCCCGCUGCAGAAGGACGACAACGGAAGGUUCACCUGUCGGGUCAGCAACGACGUCAGCAGCAAAGAAGCCGACUACAACAUGCAGGUCGUCUAUGGUCCUGAACAACCGACUAUAACGGCUAAAAAAUUGGUGGAAGUCAAUCAGCGAGUGGAGCUCACCUGCUCCGCUCCAUCUGUUCCUCCUGCCAACUACACCUGGAAGUUAAACGGCACUGCAACUACAACCACAGCGGCGGUGUUCAUUAUUACAAGUGCGGCAUACAAAGACACUGGAACGUACACAUGUGAGGCACGCAACAUCAUCACCGGCAAGACCACCACCACCAGCCACAACCUGUCUGUCCGAGGGGAGGGAACGCUGGAUGGUCUCUCAGAUGGAGCCAUUGCUGGAAUCGUCAUCGCCGUCAUCAUUGCUGUGGCCGUGGUUGUCGUAGGCGUCUGGUAUUACUGCCGACAGAAAGUCCCUAUGUCCUCGCCGUACUAAAGAAGACGUCCUGAUCGUUGGCGGCCUACAGUUCCCAUCAUUGUAUUUCCCAUGAUUCACCUGUGCAGCCCGGAGGAACAUCCAGACGGAUCCAGCUGGUUUCCUGCGAAGUAUCGUCCCUCUGUCCCUCUGUCUGCCGUCUGUCUCAGUGGAAACGCCAUUUAACCCAAACCAUGGAUUUAAUCAGGGCUCAAGUUGCUUUUUAUUUACAUUCUUUUACAUUUUUGGAGCUUUUUUUUCUUACCUCCACGUUGCUGUAUCACUGGAUCCUCAUCUCUUCUUCUUCUCUCAUUGUUAACAAACUUCAUUCUUUGUCUCACCGCUGCCUCCUCUGCAAAACUCACAACACUGAGAAACUGAGACGGAAACGCUUCCUGAGCUGAAGCUGACGCACUGACAGCUACAAUGAGUGACUCUCUUUAUCCUGCUGAAACCUGAGGAGGACACACACGCACACACACACACAGACACAAACACACACGCACACACACACACAGACACACACAGACACAAACACACACACACACAC